CAGAGCUGCGCUCCAUUCAACGUGGUAGAAUUAGUACAUAAACUGAACAGAGACGGUGAACUGUGAACAUCCACCUUACUUUUUGAGGAUUCCGUUGAAUAAGCGAAAACGCGCCGGUAAAAAUGGUGUAGCCUAAUGUUGUACAAUCGAAAAUGUGCUGAACAGCUGUGUCAAGUGAAAAAGAAGGUGCACUGUAUUGUUCAACAGGUUUAUUAUUUAGAACGAGCUGGUGUUUCGUCAUAUGACCCAGAAGGCCAAUGGUGUUGAGAUCGGCUACAUCAAAUUGCACGGAAAUGCAAUCCCCACGUCAGCGAACAUGCCCAGGACCAAGCUCCGCUAUUUGCUGAUAUUCCUCACUGCUGUCGUAAUUGUGACGAUCCACCAUGGGCAGAAAUACUUACUACGGCCAAGACUUGAGUCUAUGGUUCAUUACCAUAAGGACAUUUAUGCUGAUUCAAGAGAUCCUGAGGUUGCUUGUCACUACCCAAUUCUCCAACCCUUCGAGCCUUCCAUAUUACCACAUGUCAAAGUUGCAGACCCGAUCAGAUGUUUCUCUCGCACCCUUGUGCUGACACUGGUUGACAAGCGAGGUCACCUGUUGUACAACAGGACAGCCCUCGUGGAGGCCGGAUACGAUGUCAAUGCAUCCAGUUUGCAAUGCGUCUACCAGGCGAUCACUCGCGCCCCAGACGACGACUUUAACGUGGUAUAUGGAGAGGAAGCGCAGAUGACAGGUGACGAUCAGCUGACUCCCGAAUUCCAACACAAUCAGCUGAUAAUCAACCAAUCGGAGAGCUUUCUGCCCUGCCGGCUCGUCCACCACUAUCAGAAUGACAAAGAACUGGGAGUCGCUGUGAUUGGAUUAGAUUCCAUGUCAAGACUGAAUUUUAUGCGACAACUUUCAAUUUCCUAUAAGUUCAUCACUGAGACUGUCGGAGGAAAUGUACUGCUCGGGUUCAACAAGGUUGGAGAAAAUACAUUUCCGAAUGUAAUUCCUAUGCUCACCGGCUACCCGGCGCCACCAUCGCAUUUCGAUAAUUUCAAGGGUUGGCCCUUCAUCUGGGACCUCUUCAAGGAAGCAGGGGCGGCCACGAUGUACUCCGAGGAUCUUCCAGAGUUCAACAUGUUCGACUACCUCUACACGGGUAUCCUGAGCCAGCCAACUCUCCACUACAUGCGUACUUACUGGCUGGCAGUCGAGAACUCCAUACUUUACAAAACUAGCUCUUCCUUCUGUCUUGGACCUCAGCCGAAGCACCUCAUUUUCUUCGAAUACCUCAAGUCGUUCCUUGAAGUCUACAAGGACUCACCAGUGUUCCUAUUCUCUCUGUUCAACGAAGUUAGUCAUGAUUACGUCAACACUGUUGGUGCAAUCGACGACGACUUCUACACAUUUCUAGAACGUUGCUACAGAGAGAACCUGUUCAACCGAACAGUGACCCUGGUCCUGGGAGACCACGGCAACAGAAUAGACGGCAUCCGGCGCACAGAUGUGGGACGCAUAGAAGAUAUGAUGCCAAUGGUCAGCAUAAUUCUCCCACCCUGGGUGGACACCGUCUAUCCAAAAUGGCGACCAGCCCUCAGAGAAAACAUGCGCCGCUUCACUAGCACCUUCGAUCUACACGCCACAUUCGAACAUGUCCUGUCCACACUGGAGAGCUCCAAAACGGUGCCAAGGAAUCUGGGAUUUGAGAAGAUGAGUGAGUAUAACAGGCGACACUUCAACGGCAGCAGGAGAGGUGUCUCGCUGUUCGAACCCGUUCCGAAAACACGUGACUGUGAUGACGUAGGUGUGCCCGAGUACUUCUGUGUCUGCGAGAAAAAUGAACAGAAAGUCAGCAACGAGGACCCCCGAGGUAUUGCGGCGGCUCAGACCAUGGUCGAUCAUUUCAACAAUGUUCUACUCGCCAAACAUAAAUCCCAGUGCGCGGAGCAAAAGCUGCAGUCAGUGGAGCGAGCUGUUAUCAUCAAGAAGAAUGAGCAAAACUUCAAAGUUCGGGUAAGGUUCAGGACAGAACCGGGUAAUGGUGUGUUCGAAGCCACUGUUGAUGGGUAUAAUAAGUUGGGUGAAAUGGUGUAUAGAACCAAUGGUGAGGUGUUCAGGAUAAACCGUUACGGUGAUCAAGCCAACUGCUUAGCCAAAGAGUUUAGAGCUAAUUCUACGAUUAUACGUGGAAUAUGUUUCUGUUUAUAAUGUGCGCUGGUCAGUCAAAAAUCUGUCUAAAAGAGUUUAGAGCUAAUUCUAUGAUUAUACGUGGAAUAUGUUUUUGUUUAUAAUGUGUGCUGGUCUGUCAAAAAAAUUCUGUCCAACUUAAAAGAGUUUAGAGCUAAUUCUACGAUUAUACGUGGAAUAUGUU